UUUUUCCCUAUUGCGCUUUCCCUUUUUCUCCCCCACUCAACUUUUCUUCCCUGAUCUUUCUCCGGCUAAUCAGUGUGCCUGGUGAAAGAAGGGGGGAAAAAUUCUGCGUUCUUUGUUUUCAUUUCCCCCACACGGUAGCAACUGCCCUGGUCGAGGAGAAAUGGGGAGUGUUUCGUCGGAGGACGAUGGCGAGAGGUUCGAGCUCGACGGGUACAGCUUGAGCGCCGACGUCAGCGAGUCGGAGAGCAGUUCUAGCUGCGUCUCGUCGUCUUCGUUCCGGCAUUUCGACGGCGGUGACUGCGGUGGAGGAGGUGGAAGAGAUUCCACUUCUCUCCUCACGUCGACUUGUUCGCUCGCUCCACCAUUCCGUGACGCGCCUGAGUUGGACGACGAGGUGUACGCCCCGCCGGUUACUCUGAUGCCGCCGGUGAUCGACGGGAGGCACGUGUUGAUUCCGACGAAGAAGGCAGAGAAACCGGAGUCGGAAUUGUCCGAAACUGAACUAAUGAAAGAGAGAUUCGCCAAGCUUCUGCUUGGAGAAGACAUGUCAGGUGGAGGAAAUGGAGUUUCCACUGCUCUGGCAAUAUCCAAUGCCAUAACUAAUCUCUCUGCUUCUGUAUUUAGCCAACUGUGGAAGUUGCAACCAUUAUCACCUCAAAAGAAGGCAAUCUGGUACCGAGAGAUGGAGUGGUUUUUAUGUAUAAGCGAUUCCAUUGUAGAGCUAGUUCCAUCGGUCCAGAACUUCCCUGGUGGGGGAACCUUCGAGAUCAUGGUACCACAGCCACGGUCAGACCUUUUUGUCAAUGUCCCAGCUCUAAAGAAGAUCGAUGCCAUGCUGCUCAAUAUUCUAGAUGGGUUCUCUAAUUCAGAAUUCUGUUACGUGGAGCGUGGAAUUGUAGUCUCUGGAGAUGAUGACACCAAGAACUUCAUGUUGUCCUUGACUUCUGGGUCUGAGACAUCGUCGGUGAGGCUUGAAGAGAAAUGGUGGCUGCCGUUUCCUAAAGUUCCUCAAAAGGGAUUGUCUGAGAAUGCAAGGAAGAAGUUGCAGCAGUGUAGGGAAUGCACUAAUCAGAUUCUUAAAGCUGCCAUGGCUAUUAACAGCAAUGUGCUUGCUGAGAUGGAAAUCCCAGAUACUUACUUGGACAGCCUGCCCAAGAGCGCGAAAUCUUGUUUAGGAGAGACGUUACAUGGUUACCUAGCUGCUGACAAAUUCUCUCCUGAUGGCUUCAUGGAUCGCUUAGAUUCAUCCUCUGAAUUCACCAGUCUGGAAGUAGCUAACCAGAUUGAAGCUGCUGCUCAUAUAUGGAACCAGAAAUACAUCAGAAAGUACAUGGCUGGCGGAGGGAGGUCGACAACAUCAUCGUCAUCAUGGGGUGGCAAAAAACUUAAAAGCUCAGCUGCCGAGAUUCCCAAAUGCAAGAUUCUGGCAAAAAGAGCCGAGAAUGUCUUGCACAGUUUACGCAUUCGGUUCCCUGGCCUCCCACAGACCUCCUUAGACAUGAGCAAGAUUCAACAUAACAGGGAUGUAGGGCGUGCCAUCAUCGAGAGCUACUCGAGGGUAAUGGAGAGCCUAGCAUUCAACAUCGUGGCGAGAAUCGAAGACCUCCUAUAUGUCGACGACGCCACAAAGCAACGUGCAGCAGCAGAGUCUCUGUACACAGCACAAGGCAGGCUGAGUUGUUCAUUUGCCAAACAAAGGUGGAUAUCCCCCACAGCUCCUUUCUCUUUCGACCAUUCCGGUGAGUUAGUCAGUUAUCAUCAUGACAGCAGAACCAUUCCGCAGUCUCCAAGGAAUAGCCAUAGUAGGGAAAGGGAGCCUCUAGAUCAAGCUCUAGAGAAGCUGACUUUCUAAUGCCCUACUACCCCAUAACAGUUUCUUCCUUCCUUUCCCAACUCCCAUUCCCUCGAGCACAUGGGUAGAUUGACAGAGUUCAUAGAUCUGUACAUAUGAACGAUUGACGUUUUUAGCAGUUGAAAAAUUGGGAGUCGGUUGGUUAUUUAGGGGCAGGGAGGCAUCGCAGUGGCGUGAUAUGCAAUAUGGGCUAUAACUAGUUUGGGAAGUCGUACGUUGUAUUUAUAGGAAUAGGUAGUCGAUUGAGGGUCUGUCUUCAUUCUAAUUGCUAGAGUUGAUUAGCUGUGUGGGUUCGUUCUAGAUUCGUAGGAGCUGAAAGCUACUGAAGUUGUAAUGACCAUAGAGAUGGGUGAGCGUCAAGUUUCUCUCUUUGUCGCUGUACCUAUCAGCAGUAGAAAGCAGUGGACCACCAGAAUAAGUAUCCCGGAUUCCAAACAGAUGUAUGCAGAUUGCAGAGGAAGAGAGCUGUAAAAUUGAGAAUAUUUAUGGUUGUUAAGUUUUCAGUAAAUCAGGGGUGAAGUUUGCUUAGCUGUAAAAUUAAUUGCUUGAAUGAAUUUCGUGUUCUACG